UACAGCUUUAAAAGGCAGGGUGACUCCUUCCUCAUUAGCUACACUCCGACAAACCCUCUCCACACACACUUCUCUACUCAGUUCCCCAACAACACAUGGAAAUGGAGGACCAAAUGGAAAGCCAGAAGAGAAGAGGAAUUAGCCAAGAAGACUUGAUCUCUGAGCGGACAGGCACCCUGGGAUGCAUUGGUUGGUUCAUUGUCAUCCUCUCUGGCAUGUUCACCCUUCUUCUCUUCCCCUUCACCGUCUGGUUUUGCCUGAAGAUCGUUCAGGAGUACGAACGUGCUGUCAUCUUCAGGCUGGGACGCAUCACAGACAGGAAGGCUAAAGGACCAGGCAUCUUCUUUGUUUUGCCCUGCACUGAUUCCUUUGUGAAGGUGGAUCUACGAACAAUCUCAUUUGACAUCCCACCCCAAGAGAUCUUGACCAAGGACUCAGUUACAGUUAGCGUGGAUGGAGUUGUGUACUUCCGGGUCAAAGACCCCAUCGCCUCCGUGGCCAACGUGUCGAACGCUGACUUUUCCACCCGUCUGCUGGCACAGACCACCCUCAGAAAUGUUCUGGGGACGAAGAACCUGUCAGAGGUCUUGUCUGACCGUGAGAUCAUCGCCCACACCAUGCAGUCCAGCCUGGAUGAAGCCACAGACCCCUGGGGCAUCAAGGUGGAGCGUGUGGAGAUUAAAGAUGUGAAGCUGCCAGUUCAGCUGCAGAGAGCCAUGGCUGCUGAGGCAGAGGCAACACGAGAGGCCAGAGCCAAGGUGAUAUCAGCCGAGGGUGAGAUGAAUGCAUCGCGUGCCCUGAAGGAGGCGUCCCUCGUGAUUGCAGAGUCUCCGUCAGCGCUGCAGCUUCGCUACCUGCAGACUCUCAGCACCAUCGCAGCAGAGAAGAACUCCACCAUCAUCUUCCCUCUGCCCAUGGAUAUGAUUUCACACUUCAUGCGGAAGUGAUUUCUCCGAGAUGAUUCAAUCUGCUGGUCCUCGAUCUAUAUUGUUGAGUCACUGACUGCAGCUGCGAGCAGUAGCUGCCAAGUUUAAGCUGUUAUCAAAUGGUCAAAUUUUAUUUGUAACUGAUCAUGAAAACACAUUUAUGGUUUUUUAUAGUCAAGCUGUGACGAGGCCGAGCCUGCUUGUUAAUGUGAUCUGGAUUCAAUACAGAGUAUUCAGCAUAGUUUACAUGUCUUCUUUUGAAGGAAAUGAGUAUUAUAUUUCCUUAAAUUAUAUAAUAAAUACUGUGUCUAUAUUAUACAGUAUGAUGUGAUGUUAAUCAACUGCUAAAUGUAACCAUGCAAAUAAAUUGAAUAACCUGUC